AAAUUAUUCUUUUGGCAAUCACAUGGAGAUCAUGGAAGUCUCGCGUUUCCCACUUCUUUUGCCUCUUUCCUUUUAUAAUUGAAUGCGUUGUUUAUAAAUAAAAUUGCUCAACUCUCUCACUCCGUCUUCCCCAGUUUAGUCUGCUAAACUGUAGUAUUUGGCAUACAGAUACAGUAUCUUCUUUUGAUCUGCUAUUGAAUAGUUAGUUUACCCAUUAAAAAUGCAGGCUUUUACUAGCUACUAGAAGGGAAUCUGGUCAUUGUAUGUUUAAAGAUUGUGAAUUGAGUUUUAUCAAGGGUCUGAACUGAUAAUUAUGUCUGCAUAUGGCCAUUUGAUGGAAAGAGAUUUUUCUGGUCAAAGUCUUUCAAGCAGAGAAAAUUCAGAAAUGGGAAGUCAUUUCACCAUGGAAUCGGGAAUUUACAUGUCACCGUUUGCAGCCACUGUCUUCUUUGCUGGGCUUGUGACAGUUGGGGUUUCACUGAUGACACUAGUAAUUACCUUAUCUGUGAUGUUACAAUCUUGUCAAAGUAAAAGUUCUGGGGUUGUAGAGAAUCUUCUUGAAGUGCCCAAAUCCACUUAUUAUGAUCAUCACUGCUUGCCUUUUGCAAUGCAUAUGGUGCUGAACAGUUUGAAUUCAGAUUCUUUCCCUGAUGUUUGUAAAUACUCCUCAGUUCCAUGCAUCACAGAAGGCCAACCUAUGGAGGAUUUCAAUAUCACAGUCCAGCUGAUUGAGAAUUACUUUGGCACAAUCAAACCACUUGAACAUGGCCGUGAUGUUGUGUUGAUGGAUGUCGAUGAUUUUUUUCCCGAAGAUCAAUCAUUUUAUCAAGUUGAAGAAAAUGGUUGCUCUAAUUGUAAAGAAGGUUACAUAAAAUGCUCGAAACAGGUUUUUGUCUCAAAGUUGUAUAUGAAACUUCAGGCCAGUGGGCUGAAAUUGGUUUUGGUAUCAAGAAUGCCCGAGAAAUUGCGUAAUGUCACAGUAGAAUAUCUUCUUUCAUUGGAAUGCAGUGGUUGGUCCUCACUAAUUAUGCGAAAAGAGCACGAAAAGCAGACAGAUACUUGGGAAUACUUCUUCAUGCAAUGGAAAGCUUUGGAAGAGGCGGGAUUUCGCAUUGUAGCCGCUACUAGUAGCCAUUUGGAUGCUCUAACAAGCCAAUCUUCAUUCACCGGUGUUUUCAAACUGCCAAGCCCUAUUUCAAGAUCAAGUUAAAGAUCAGUUUAGAACAUCGGAAGUGAAAAAAUUACACCCAACCUUAUUAAAGCUCCUGCUACUACUUGAACAUUUUACAUAGAAAAUGAUUUGAUCAUAGGUUUAGAAAAAUGAAAACUGAUCUUGUUUAUAUUGGUGCAUACUGACUGGCUACCAUGCCUUGGUAUACAUGUAUAUCCUCCACAUUAUAGAUGAAAUUAUUAAAAAUGCUUGUCAAAAUAAGAUGAGAGGAUAAUAUUAUAUAUAUAAAAUAGCAUAAAAAGCAUAAAGUAUUUACCAUAGUAAACUUCAGAAAAUCAGAACAAGCACUUGUAUGUCAAUUGAUAAUAUUCAUUGCAAUUAUUAUUGGGUUUGCUAUAAUGAUUGAGUAAUAUAUUAAGGAAA